GUGAGGGCGGAAGAUAACACGGAAACAGCUCCGAGGAAUAAAACACAACACGACACGUCGGCUCGCAGCAUCAAGCUCCUGCUUCCAAAAUGGAGCAAAAUUAAAAAAUAUUGUCUGUCAGACCGCAGUGUUGUUGUCUUUGCUCCCAGCUGCUUAAAUGGAGGCGGACAGCGGUGUGGUCUUGGCCACGGAGAGAUAUGGCAGCGCGGGGUCCUGGAAGUAUUUAGCCAAGGAUGGAGUCGUGGAGAGGAAGAGAGAGGACAGAGACGGGGAGUCUAGAGGGAACUCUGUUGUGGGAGUUUUUAAAAGUGUGUUCCUGCCUCAAGGCUACCCAGAGAGCGUCAGUGGCGACUACCUGCAGUACCAGUUCUGGGACACUGUGCAGGCCUUCUCCAGCUCCCUGUCAGGGACUCUGGCCACUCAGGCCUCCCUCCGAGGGGUCGGCGUCGGAAACCAAGAGGCCACGGUGGCUGCAGCCACAAUCACCUGGUUAUUAAGAGAUGGAACAGGCAUGUUGGGUAGAAUCCUCUUCGCCUGGCAGAAAGGGAGUAAACUGGACUCGGAGGCCAAAAAGUGGAGGCUUUUUGCCGAUGUUCUCAACGAUAUCGCUAUGUUCAUGGAGAUAUUGGCUCCAUACUUCCCGGCUUGCUUCACCUUGAUUGUGUGUACGGCAGGGAUAUUCAAGUCCAUUGUCGGAGUGGCAGGCGGAGCGACCAGAGCUGCUCUGACUGUUCAUCAGGCUCGCAGAGACAACAUGGCUGACAUCUCUGCCAAAGAUGGAAGUCAGGAGACUUUAGUAAAUUUGGCUGGACUGCUGAUCAGCCUCACACUCAUUCCCCUCGUCACUGAUAAUGCAGUACUGACACUCAGCCUCUUCUUCCUCUUCACCAUCCUCCACCUCUUUGCCAAUUACAAGGCUGUGCGUUCGGUCGUCAUGGAAACCUUCAACGAGGCGCGGCUCUCGAUUGUGUUGCAGCAGUACCUGAGAGACGAACGGAUCCUGACUCCACUCGAGGCCAAUCAGAGAGAGCCCGUUUUCUUGGAGUUUAGGAAAACUGUGCCAAUUAGACUUGGCGUGAGGCUACAGGAGGUCAUACAAAGUCCAGAGGAACUCCAGUUGGCUACGAAGAAAAACAACAUGCCUUACCUCUUGGGGGUGAGAAACGGGUGUGUAUGCAUUUGCUUGGGACCAGAAGCAUCGGUGCAUCAGGAAAUCCGUGCCGUGUGCCAGGCCGUGUGGAUCGGCAGCAAGUUGAGUCCUCCGGCCUCCACAGAAACUAAUUCACAUCAACAUCAGAGUCACUGGGAAACGGUGCACGAGAGUCACAAGCUGAUGGACACGAUUUUUAAUGCAUUUCUCAAAGGUGUAGAGGCUGCAGGAUGGGACACUAAACGAACCCUGCUGGACUGGGAUGAGUGGAGGGUGCAGUGGAAAUCUAAAAGCAACUGAGCUUUGAGGCGUCUGCAGCAGAUUCUCACUUUAUAUCACUUUGUUGAAGGUUUUAUUAAACAAUCAUAUUUGAUAUAAGUA